UAUAAUUGAUAUAAUAAUUAAAUAUGAAAAUGUGGUUUUGAUAAAAAUUCCAUUAAUGUAUUUCUGUUGUUAGAGUCAUGUUAUUGUAUAAAUUUUACAUAAGUUAUUACAUAAUUACUAAAACAGUGAUACACCAUGUCAUAUUACCCAUAACACAUAUAAGUUGUCACUUUUGCUUUUUAGUGGAAAGACAUAUGAAUAUGACCUUACUGUAAUUAAAAAAUAAAAAAAAAUUGUGUACAAUUUAAUUUAAAAUUGUUUAAAAUGAUAAUUUAGUUAGAGCCAAUCUUAAAAUUUAGUUAUUCUUAGUAAACUUAAACAAAAUUUAAAACUAACUUAUUUUAAUAGUGUAAUGUUAUCAAUUUUUAUUUAUUUAAAAUCAAAAAAUAUUAGUAAUACAUGUAUUUUAUAGUGUUACUUCAAAAUACUUAGUACAUUCAUAGAUUUAAUAAUUUAAAGAAUCACUAACAUAUAGUAUUAUAAGUGUGGCUGAUCAAAAUGUUACUUUACAAAUCCUACCCUGAUGAAUGAAAAUUAUUAUACGUACAUACUCAGACAUUUGUCGCAAACAAUGUAUGCAUCAGUACACUAGGAACAGAAAAAAUUCGACACCGUUAGAAAGAUCAUUAAAAAAUAUUAACAAUAUGCUUAAUUGGAUUAAGCGAAAGAAGCGUAUGUUACUCAAUGAGUUUCACACAAAUCAUUAUGAAGUACCAAUUAACGAUAAAAAUUCUGUAAGCAAUGUUGAUAAAUAUGAUCAAAGUCAUUCUUUAAAUGAAACUAAAAUACAUGCAGGACUACCAGAAUCUUUUUAUAAUAGCACUAUCAAAAUACUAGAAGAAUAUAUCAGGAAUAAAAAUAACAAAAAGAGUAAAUCAAACAAUAAUUCCUGGAUUAACCUAGAAUUAAUAAAAUAUAUAUAUAAUUUAUUGAAAAUGUCUCCACUGGAAAUUGAAAAUUUGCCUUUGUCUUCAACUUGUACAAACUCGAGUGUUCAAAUAGAAAGAAGUAUUUUGGAAAUGUCAAAAACUAAUUUAGAAUAUCAUAAUGAAAUUUUAAAUUAUAUUUCGAAGUGCUUAGAAAGCAAUUUGAGUGAUGCAAGUCAAGACCGGGCAUUAAGUUCAUUCCAAUAUAUUGGUUUGUUAGAACGAUUAAGUAAACUCGCCGAAUACUAUGCAGAAAAGGCACAAGAAAUGAGAAAUAUUUGCUUAGAAUCUCCUAGAGUAGACACAACUGUGCUAUUUCAAAAUGAGGUUGAUCAAAGUUCAGAUAGCAAACUUGGGGAUCAAAAAUCUUCAUGUAGCAUAUCUUCGGACUUUUCUGCUGAUGGAGCCUAUAUUUUUGAACAUUUAAGUACACUGCUGGAAAAUAAUGGAUUAAUUCGAGCUGAUAUUGAGUGGCCAAUGUUUGGCAAUGAUGAAGAAGACGAUAGUCGAAGCUUAACAGAUCAACUCUUGGAUAUUAAACCCAGAAUUAAUAUCAAGGAUAUUCCCAAUUUCAAUACUAUCCAACUUGAUGAAAAAAGUACAUACUCAGACAUUUGUCGCAAACAAUGUAUGCAUCAGUACACUAGGAACAGAAAAAAUUCGACACCGUUAGAAAGAUCAUUAAAAAAUAUUAACAAUAUGCUUAAUUGGAUUAAGCGAAAGAAGCGUAUGUUACUCAAUGAGUUUCACACAAAUCAUUAUGAAGUACCAAUUAACGAUAAAAAUUCUGUAAGCAGUGUUGAUAAAUAUGAUCAAAGUCAUUCUUUAAAUGAAACUAAAAUACAUGCAGGACUACCAGAAUCUUUUUAUAAUAGCACUAUCAAAAUACUAGAAGAAUAUAUCAGGAAUAAAAAUAACAAAAAGAGUAAAUCAAACAAUAAUUCCUGGAUUAACCUAGAAUUAAUAAAAUAUAUAUAUAAUUUAUUGAAAAUGUCUCCACUGGAAAUUGAAAAUUUGCCUUUGUCUUCAACUUGUACAAACUCGAGUGUUCAAAUAGAAAGAAGUAUUUUGGAAAUGUCAAAAACUAAUUUAGAAUAUCAUAAUGAAAUUUUAAAUUAUAUUUCGAAGUGCUUAGAAAGCAAUUUGAGUGAUGCAAGUCAAGACCGGGCAUUAAGUUCAUUCCAAUAUAUUGGUUUGUUAGAACGAUUAAGUAAACUCGCCGAAUACUAUGCAGAAAAGGCACAAGAAAUGAGAAAUAUUUGCUUAGAAUCUCCUAGAGUAGACACAACUGUGCUAUUUCAAAAUGAGGUUGAUCAAAGUUCAGAUAGCAAACUUGGGGAUCAAAAAUCUUCAUGUAGCAUAUCUUCGGACUUUUCUGCUGAUGGAGCCUAUAUUUUUGAACAUUUAAGUACACUGCUGGAAAAUAAUGGAUUAAUUCGAGCUGAUAUUGAGUGGCCAAUGUUUGGCAAUGAUGAAGAAGACGAUAGUCGAAGCUUAACAGAUCAACUCUUGGAUAUUAAACCCAGAAUUAAUAUCAAGGAUAUUCCCAAUUUCAAUACUAUCCAACUUGAUGAAAAAAGUAGGUUAUUUAUAUUAUCAACAUAGAAUUAUAUUAAACUUUAUUAACUUAGCAAUUUGCUUAUAAACAAUUUAUUUACAAUAAUUUUAUAAAUGUUUUAAACAUAUUAUACUUCAAAUACAGUGCGUAAGAAAGAAGUCCUCGUUUUGAAAAUUUUUAAAUGUAGAGUAAAAACGGGUAUUGAAAACAAAUAUUUUCACUUCUAAAUUACUUAAACAAUUCCAUUUUAAAAUCAGUGAUUUUUAUAAUUAUACAUUUUCGGUAAAAUUUAGUAGUUUCAUGAACUUUGGGAAUGAGAUCGAGGGGCAUGUGCUCCUCAUAAAUACACCCUUACCAGCUAGUAAGUUUUAGUCAUCUUUUUAUUACUAAUUUUUUACUCUAUAUUUGUAAAUUUAUAGAUUCUUGUAACUUAAAAUAAAAUAUUUUAUAGUAUAUUUUUAAAUAUCCUUACAAUUCAAAAAUUACUCUUUAAAUAUCAUUUUUAGUACAUUUUCUAUAACAAACUAUUACUAAUAAACAAAUCUAGGCUUUUAAGAGAUAACUAUGGAAUAAUGACGCUUUCUCAUGACGUAACUUACUUUGUUUUUUCACCCGAACUAAGAUUUAAUCAUCUCAAACUAGGGAGUUCUUUCUAUCACGCCUGUAUAGGGUAACAACACUCGUGAGUGAACAUCAUCCAGUUUUUAGCAAAAAAGUUUUGUAAUCUUCUGAAUAUAACAAACAGUACUUAUAAUAACAUAAUAUAUAUAUAAAUUUAAUUUUACAACAAUAUAAUAAUUUUUGAUACAAUAUCAUUUAUUAU